CUGAGGAGGAGCCUUAUAAAUUGGGGCGAGUGGAGUGGGAGAGGAGAGCCACUUGGUCAGGAAACCAGACACAAAGCUUUGGAAGACGAUGAGAAACAACGAGAGCAAGCAGGACAUGAUGGCCAGCUUCCCUCGAGCAGCCAGCCCCUCCCAGCAGCCAACAGGUCCCGAGGACGAGGACCCGAGCCUGGAUGAGUACGACCUCUACAGCCUGGCCCACUCUUACCUGGGAGGCGGAGGCCGGAAAGGUCGCACCAAGAAAGAAGCUGCCACCAACACCAACCGCCCCAGCCCUGGUGGGCACGAGAGGAAGCUGGUGACCAAGCUCCAGAAUUCGGAGAGGAAAAAGCGAGGGGCACGGCGCUGAGAUGGAGCUGGAGAUGAGGCCAGACCACGGACACCACACCCAGCAAUGGAGACAGGACUAUGGAGGAAUGAGGCCCUGGGGACAGGAUCCAGGCCUGCUUUCCCCACCCCCCACCCCCAGGACUUACCCCACCUGACUGAGUCGCCGAGGGGCUGCCAACGGAGCCCUGCCAACCCCAGCAAAAAGACAAGAUGAAGAGCAAAAGGCAGGGAACAGAGAGGUGAGGGCAGGAAGGCACCAAGGAAAAGAAAGCCACUGAGGAAACCGGAACUCUCCG